ACGACAUGACACCUCAUCCAAUACAACCAACAGCAAGACAGGCCAUCAGCAUCUUUCGAAGGAAUAGCGAGCACUUCAGGACUGGAAUCCAAUCUCACCAACAUCCCCAUGGCCCAACUAAUGGCCCUCCCCGCGGAACUCCGCCAGCGCAUCUUCACCUUCGUGGACUCGCCCACGAAACUAAUAACAAUCAACAUCGCGCAAAGCUGCAUCCACCGCCUAGAACCCCACGGCUGCUCCUCCCUCGCAGCCCUAAGUCUCACCAGCCGCACAAUCCACUUCGAAGUCGAAGACCAGCUCUACGCGCACCGCACUUUCGAAAUCGAAGUCGUGAGCUCCGAAAGCAUCCUCAAACUCUGGCGCAAGAACUUCGCCGCGGAUAUGCGCUUUGUGCAACGCAUGCGGCGCGUGCGGCUCGGACUGACGAUUAAUACUGGGAGUGCGAAGUUGGCGCGCACGGUGGAGGGGUUGGCGGAGGUGGUGGGGGGUUUGGCGGGGUCGGAGGCGUUGGUGGAGUUUGCGGUGCAUGUGAGGGAGGUGAUGCAUUUUGCUGAACCGACGAAGUACGUUAAUGAGCAGAUUGAUGGGUUGAGGCGGGAGGCUGUUCGGGAGGGGCGGAUGGUGGGGAGGAGUGGGAAGGAGGUCGAGUUGGAUUUUGCUUGGAGGCUGGUGGCGUUUCUUCAGAGGUAUUUGGGAUGAUUAGGACGGAUGAGUGUACUGGAAGUAAAUUCUUUGAAACACAUUAGAAUUCA